AUGUCGGAUGGUGGCGAACAGAUCGAGUGCGGAUGGCGGCGAAAAUUGAAACACGACGGUGGCGCACGGCGAAGACAGAUUGCGGCCAAUUGCAGGAGGGGCGGAGGUGAUGGAAGCGUGGAGAUUAAGAAGCUUUGGAGACGGUGUGGUUGGUGGGAUGAGAUCUCAAAAUGGCGGGGGCAACAUUUAAGGUUGAGGCUUGUGAGCAUUUCAGAAGGUUGCAAGAAAUUGGACUUCAGGUUUUUUGAUAGAAGUUUACUUUUGAAUGGUGGUCGUCUAAGUGAUAUUUACGUGAUGAUUGAUAAAGGCUUCAGAUGGGUGGAGGACUACAACAAGGCCCAAGUUUGCACUUUUUUUUUUAUUAUGACAACUGGGCUUGGAAGGGAAGAAAAGAACAUUAGAAUGAUUGUUAUCUUCAAUGUGAUGCAACUGUACGAGACUCUGAAAUUGGUUUGGGAG